ACUGCGCAGCCCAUGUGCGAGUAGUUUGUAAACAAAUAAUUGAUUUGGAAAAGUAAAAUAAAUAAAAAUGGUUCGUAAACUCAAAUUUCAUGAGCAGAAGCUGCUCAAAAAGGUGGACUUCAUCACGUGGAAGGUGGACAACAGCGGCAAGGAAAACAAAAUUCUACGGCGCUUUCACAUUCAGAAAAGGGAGGACUACACCAAGUACAACAAGUUGUCCAGGGAGAUACGGGAACUGGCAGAGAGGAUAGCCAAGCUGGAUGCUUCAGAACCCUUUAAGGCGGAGGCCACCACCAUGCUCCUAAACAAGCUGCACACCAUGGGAGUUUCCAACGAUCAGCUAACUUUGGAAACGGCCGCCAAAAUAUCCGCCAGUCAUUUUUGCCGACGUCGUCUGCCCGUGAUCAUGGUCAAACUGCGUAUGUCGGAGCACCUGAAAGCGGCCACAGACCUCAUAGAGCACGGCCAUGUGCGUGUGGGCCCGGAAAUGAUUAAGGAUCCCGCAUUCCUGGUUUCCAGAAACCUCGAGGACUUUGUCACCUGGGUGGAUGGCUCCAAGAUCAAGGAGCACGUACUCCGCUACAAUGACAUGCGCGACGAUUUUCAAAUGUAGAAACUACCAUUAAGAUCACCAGUAGAGUAACUAAAACUAACUUAAUAAAAGCGACUAAGACUGUUACAUAA